CACCCGUGUGCCCACUUCACCAGACCCGUCACACCGCUCCUCGACGCCCAAAAGCCCGCACAUCAUCGGCAGCAUGUUUGGCGUCUUGAAUCGCUUCAUCUCCAAGCUCGACGCCGCGCCUUUGGACGAUCAACAGUCUACUACGAAUGGCGUGUAUGGCUUCCAGGUGCUGAGGAACGCGAAUCAGGAGGUGCCGCUGGAGCCGUGGUUUGAUUUUGUGAUUGGGAUUAACGGGCGGACUAUUGAUAACCCUGAUCCCUCGCUCUUCGCAACGGAGGUUAGGAAUUCUGCUGGUACCACGAUCAGCUUGGGGGUGUUUAGUGCAAAGGGCCAAAAAAUCCGCGAGGUCUAUCUAAACAUCCCCGCCGAGAAGCCCACUCUCGGCGUCUCGUUGCAAUGGGCGCCACUCUCCGUCUCCGAAGACGUAUGGCACAUCCUCGACGUGAUUCCCAACUCUCCGGCCGACGUAGCAGGUCUACUGCCGUACGGUGACUAUGUCAUCGGGAGUCCCGAAGGCCUUGUUCGAGGCGAAUCCGGGCUAGGUGAGCUGGUUGAAGACGUGCGUCGAUCCCUUUUUCUCUUUAUGGUUUUGAAAAGGGCUUAAAUUGAUGCGACGAGAUGUAGUUUCUAAACCGCCCGCU